AUGCAUAAAAAACCUGAUAAUUCUAAAAAAUCAAGACUAUACAAUAGUCGGGCCAUUCGAACUCAACUAGUCGAUUCAAGUUUUGUGGAUAAUGAGAAAUUAAGUAUUCCAGAAUUUUUGAAAUCAAGAUCUUAUGAGAUUAAAUCAUUUGAGCUAUCACAAUUGAAUACCAAACGAGCUUCUUCCAACAGAGUCUUCCAAAGCUUGCCUAGGACUUUGAGACGUAGGGCAGCCUCGCAUAAUGUAAAGAGAAUCCCAAAACGGUUAAGAAGCAGAGCGAUAAGAGAAAUGAAAAAUGCAGUACAUGGUGUAAACCCUAAGUCUCAUCAUUUACGAGGAAGAAACCUUUAUAAGCUUAGAAUGUCCAAAAAGCUUUUAAGGUUGGGCUCUAAGCUAAAACUCUCCAAGCAUUUGCCACCAGAGGAAGCCUUAGGCAAAAAUUUACGCUUAAGAUACAGAAUAGCAUUAAUCAACAAGUAUAUGAAAGAUCUCAAUGACGAGGCACCAACCAAGUUGAAUAACUGUGUUGGCUCAUACGAUAAUACGGGAAUUAAUAAUCUUGCUAGUAGACCAAAAGGGAACUUGAAAUAUUUUAAAAGGCAAUUUGAGUUCGUAUGGCUACCUUCUCAUAUCUGGCAUGCAAAGAGAUUUCAUAUGAUUAAGCAGCACAAUUUUCAGAUACCGCUUACGCCCACUCAGAAGUGUUUUAGACUGAUGAACAGGGCCAAGAAAAGUGGUUCGGUACUAAGCGACAUGUCAUAUUAUAAUACAUUAAUUCUUCAAAUUGAAGAUACCGAUAGGUAUCAAAAUAUUCUAUUGAGCCUAACAAAAUAUAAAGUGACCUUGCCUCGCAAGUUUCUUCAAGGCUCGAAAAGCUAUGAUGAUUUGAUUUUCGUUGACGGGUUGGUAAUCGGAAAGGGAUUGAUAAUUUCUAAUUUUAGUUUGAAGAAGAUAUUGAUAAGAGUAUUUCCUUCAAUUUAUGAAAUGCUAUUCGAAUAUCUCAAACUGCAAAUCCAUCCUCAAAUUGAUUUAAUUUAUGAUUGCAGAUAUUCAUUAGCGAGUAUAGAGAUAUGCGGCCCUACAGCCUUGAACUCACUUUCCAAGGUUUUGCAUUUAGAUCCAUAUAAGUAUGAUAGUAUCCCGUAUCAAGUAUGGUACAUAUUGUCACAUUUGAGUGAUAGUGACUCGGUUCCUGUUGGUACUACAUUUAGCUUCUACGUGGAUGAUCCUAGGUUUUGGAAAAACCCGGUCGAGCCUAAGGCUAAUACGUCCUUUACUAGCGUGAAUGAUUUGAUCAUUAAAAUAACGGAGUCGGAUUUGGUGAAUUCUCAGUCCUUGAUGGAACUUCUUGAUAAUAAAAAGAGAAAUGAAACUUAUGCCAAUCAGUUAUCCCUUAAGAAAUUAAAUUAUGGCUUUGCUAAAUCAAAUCCAAACGAAAAUUUACUUGAGCAUGAUCCAGUUAGAAUCCCAGUUUUGAUCACGAAAGGGAGCUCGGGAAGCUGGUUGUUAAUCCUACCUUGGUUUUGGUUAAUGCCUUUAUGGUUUAAACUUGUUAAAAUCGCACAUUUAAAGGUUGGGGGACUCAGACAACGAAGGCAAUUUAACUUCGAGAAGUUGCUGCCGACAUUUCCUAAUGAUUUGCCCUAUUUAAAAGAUGGAUGGGUUUAUAAUCAAACAUUAGGGAGACUCAAUGAGGAAUCCUACAAACGGUUACCAAAGAGCAAGCAACAAAAAUACGAAAUCUUCGAAAAUGGCAUCAAUCCUUUCAAGUGCGAUUGGUCAUUCUUACAAUUGUUAAUAUUCGGCUUGAAACUGGUAAACAAGGAACUCAAAACUACUGAUGAAUACAGCGAUUAUAAUGAAAAUGGUACAAGAAAUAUAAAUACAGUAAACGAUCUCGUGCAGUUGAUUAAAGCCAAAAGAGAGGAAGAUGCUAUUCCAAUCGAACUUUUGGAUCUAACCAGGCCAUUUCAUAGGGCGUUUGUUGAUGGAAGCUAUACUCUAACAGAUACAUCAAGUUUACCAAAACUUCCUGUUGUUCAUAUUUCUCUCAAGGUGCUAAAUCGUGGAAUAAUAAGAGAUAAUGCUAGACUCUAUGCCGUCUCGAAUGCGUCUGUGAAGAGUUAUAUGACGCAGAAACAGGAAAUCGUAAAACCAUUGUUAGUUGAUUUAAUCGGCUUUGUAACAAGCGGAGCUUUCAACUUGGAUUAUGGUGCAGAUACUGGAUUGUGUUUAGUAAGAGCAGAUUACAAGGGCGAUUUUUUUUUAGUUAGAAAUCCUGGUUGUUCUAAUAUGUACUUAGCUCAGCAACAAUAA